UUUACUCUGCUUCACAAUGCAGCUGCGUGAUUUGUUUCUUUGUCUUGAUAUAAAGGAGCAGCUGCUUAUUAUUUUUGCCGGCCUCCUUAUGGUAUAUUUUCAUUUUCGUAAGGAUAAGGAUCCACCGGGCUUUCCUCCAGGCCCUCCAGCGCUACCUAUUUUAGGAAACAUCUUCAACAUUGAUGCCAAACAGCCUCAUAUUUACCUAACCAAGCUUGCUGAUUUUUAUGGGAAUGUGUUCUGCAUACGUCUUGGAAGACACAAAACAGUGUUUGUGUCCGGGUGGAAGAUGGUGAAGGAAGCUUUAGUAACACAAGCGGACAACUUUGUGGACCGGCCUUACAGCCCGAUGGUGACCAGAAUUUAUUCAGGGAACUCAGUGGGUCUUUUCUUCAGUAAUGGGAAGGUGUGGAGGAGACAGCGACGUUUUGCCAUGACUACUUUACGCACCUUUGGUUUAGCUAAGGAGUCGACAGAGCAGAGUAUUUGUGAUGAAAGUCAACAUCUGAAGGACGCGAUGGAAAAGGAGAAAGGUGAGCCAUUCGACCCAGUGCCGUUCUUAAACAAUGCUGUCUCCAACAUCAUCUGCAAGAUAGUGUUUGGGAGACGAUUUGACUACAGUGACCACAACUUCCAGAUCAUGCUGAGCAAUCUGACUGAGAUGGCCUAUCUGGAAGGUUCCAUAUGGGCUCUACUAUAUGAUGCAUUCCCAGGACUGAUGAAACGCCUGCCGGGGCCUCACAAUCGCAUCUUUAGCAGCUCCAAAUCUUUGGUGGCAUCUAUCAGGGAAGAGAUCGAGAAACAUAAGUUAGAUCUGGACCCCAACAACCCGAGAGAUUACAUUGACAGCUUCCUCACAAAGGAGAAACACAACAGAAACAGUCAUUUGGGCUUUGAGGAAGAAAACCUGGUUCUGUGCUGUCUGGACUUGUUCCUGGCUGGCAGUGAAACCACUUCAAAGACUUUGCAGUGGGGACUCAUUUAUCUCAUCAUGAACCCUCAGAUCCAGUGUAAAGUCCAGGAAGAGAUAGACAGAGUGAUCGGACAGACCCGUCAGCCCACCAUGGCAGACAAACCCAACCUGCCUUACACUGAUGCUGUCAUCCACGAGAUCCAGAGGAUGGGAAACAUCGUUCCACUCAAUGGACUCAGGAUGGCCGCCAAGGACACAAUCCUGGGUGGUUACUUCAUACCCAAGGGGACCUCUGUGAUACCUAACCUGACUUCAGUGCUGUUUGAUAAGAAUAAAUGGGAGACUCCAGACACCUUUAAUCCUGAACAUUUCCUAGAUAGCGAGGGCAAGUUUGUGAGGAGGGGAGCAUUUUUACCUUUCUCUGCAGGAAGGCGUGCGUGUCUCGGUGAGGGGCUGGCAAGGAUGGAACUCUUCCUGUUUUUUGUCAGUUUGUUUCAGAAGUUUAAUUUUUCCACUCUGGAUGGAGUCAAGCUGAGUACAGAAGGAGUCACCGGAGCCACUCGCACACCCUACCCUUUUAAGGUGUACGCUAAGCCACGCUGAACCAUGCCCAACAAAUCAACAGAAAAAGCAAAUAUGAAUAUUGUUGUGUUGCUGUGAGAUGGAGACUAUGCCUUUUUCAAUAUUAUUAUUAUUUAUCGUAUACUGAGUUUUGACUACAGACUGUACAUAAAAGAUAGACCUCACACUGCUUAACAAAGUGCAUUGUAAAGCCUUAAGCUGGCAUCUUCACUAUUUUUGUGACUCGAAUGUGAUGUAAUAAGCAAGAGGCAGCGCUAACUUUGAAACUGAAACUUUUCUUUAAAGGAGAAUAUGUCCAGCAGGGGGUAGCUCAAAUCUGCUGCAACAUUUUCUGAUUGUUGCCAUGGCUGUUUGGAAGUGCUUCCAUGAUGUGCUGAGCAGACGUCUAGUGCUAUUAAGCAUUGGAAUACUCCCUAAUGUGUGCACACACACACACACAGCUACAUGCACGUGCCCGGUUGAACCACAGUAUUAUUUUGUAAGGCUAUAUAAGAUGGCACGUGUGCAGACAUUAGUCAACUAUGCUGUUUGUUGCUAUACCUUUUAUGUUUUCCACAAAAGUGCCAAUAACUGUUUCCAAAUGUUUUUUAGUCAGUGCUGGAUGUGUGGAAGCUACGAACAAACUGAUAUACUAGACUACAACUGCUGUUUUUUUAAUUAGUUGUUUUGCUGUGGUGACUAAUUCGAUUUACAUAAAUAAAGGUUAGGAUGAAUUUGAUAU